UUGAAAUGAUCGAAAAUACAUAGUACCCGGAAUAUGUAACAUUUAAUUUAGAAUCUAUCCUGGGACAAAUGGUUGGGGAAUAAAAACAAAAAGAUAAAGAGACCUCAGACGAGGGUAAUUGGAAAUGAAUAACCAGGAAACAACAGACAGGACAAUACUUGAAUGUAGAGUUUGUGAUGACGUGUUUCGUUUCCAAGGAGAUAAGGUUCCACGGUUGUUGAUGUGUGGUCAUACAGUUUGUCAUCAAUGUCUAACCAGAUUGCAAGUUCAUGGCACUUCUAUCCUGUGUCCAUUUGACAGACAGCCCACAGAAAUUGGUGAUUCUGGUGUAUGGGGAUUGAAGAAAAAUUUUGCAUUGCUAGAAUUGCUAGAGAAAUUACAGUUUACAACUCAAAAUGCAUCAAACAUAAAUCUCUUUGCACAACAAAACUUAGAUAAGGAAAAGGAGUUGGAUAUUCCAUGUGAUGAGAAUGAACUUCACACGGCUGUUUUAUACUGUAUGACAUGUAGUACACACUUGUGUGUAGAGUGUGCAGAACUUACACAUUCCACCAGAACACUGGCGCGACACAAAAGAGUUCCAUUAUCUGAAAAACCAAAAGAGAAUCCAAAAUGUCCAUAUCAUCCAAUGCAUUUGGUAGAAUUUGCUUGUUUAGAAGAAGAUUGCAAAAAUAAUCCUUUGAUGUGUUAUAUAUGUAAAGAUUAUGGUAGACAUGUUAAACAUAGGCAUUCUCUAUUGGACUCUGAAGCAACGAAUGUAAGGACAUCAAUAACAAAUGCUGUACAGCAAAUCAAAUCCUUUGGGGAAGAAGUAGCUGAUUCAGCAAGAAAAUUGGGUGUGACCAUACAACAGAUAGAGGGUGGUGUGCAAUUAUUACAGAGUCCUGAUGGGGCUACAUCUACACAGAGGGUUCCAGGUACUGCAGAACAGUCAAGGGCAAAAAUUAAACAGUAUUUUUAUGAUUUACGAGAGACAUUGAACAGACAGGAAGUGGCUGCCUUGACAACUGUUGACACACAUAUUCGUGAGAAACUUUGUAUGCUUCGACAACAACAGGAAGAUAUGGCAAUCUUGCUGUCCCAAAUAUCUGCAGUUUGCCACCAGUGUGAAAUCACAUUGCAACAAGAUGCAGCUAAGAUUUUGUUAGCUAAACAAGACGUGAAGACUUUAUUGGAGACAAUACAGAAACAACAACAACAGUUUUCUGAUGUUCCAGAACAAUUGCCAUUAGAUCCUGCUAUACCAAUAACAUUUACAAAGGAUAACCGUGUUCAUAUUGGUCCAAAGAUAGAGAUGAGGGUUGUAACCCUUGGUUUAGAUGAUGCUGGAAAAACUAGUAUCUUAUUUAAAUUAAAACAAAAUGAAUUUAUACAAACUAUUCCAACAAUAGGUUUUAAUGUAGAAACAAUAGAAUAUAAGAAUUUGAAGUUUACAAUUUGGGAUGUUGGAGGACAACAUAAGAUAAGGCCAUUGUGGAAGCAUUAUUACUUCAAUACUCAAGCUGUAAUAUAUGUGAUAGACAGUAAUAAUAAAGAUCGACUAGCAGAAGCACAAAAUGAACUUGCCAAAUUAGUACAGGAAAAAGAAUUGAGAGAAGCGUCAUUGCUUAUUUUUGUUAAUAAACAGGAUAUACAACCAUGUGUUUCAAUAGAAGAAGUAACAGAAUCGUUUGGACUUUUUAAGUUAUGUUGUAAUCGUAGUUGGCAUAUACAGGCCUGUGAUGCUAACAGUGGAUAUGGACUAAAGGAUGGAUUAGAGUGGUUAUCUAGACAGAUGGUAGCUGCAGGGGCACCAGAUCUGGCAUAAAACGGGUUUACAGUGGGGAGUUUUGUGUGAUUAGGACAUUUUAAGGGUUUUUUAAAUUGCUAUUUUGUUUAUUAGCUUAUAAAUAGAUAAAUUCUCCUGCUUCUUGAAUCCUCCCAAGACACUUACAUUUUGAUUAACAUCACAAAUAAGUUUUGACCUUCCCAGUAACUGAAGUCACCAUAUGGGAGCGACACAGAUAUUGAUACUAGCUGUACAUAUUAAUAUAUAAGUAGCCGCACACUAUCGAAACUUUGUCUUUGUGAUUUACAUAACUUUUAAAGACAAUUUAUAAAAUUAAUGUCUUGUGUAUUUAUAGUGGGUCAUAAUUGGAUAAUAGGAAGAAAUAGCCAAUCUUUAGAAGCAUUAAACCUGCUACUUUUAAUCUGAAGACAUCUGUGCCUAUUUUUCAGGUACUAGAUGGUAGUUUUUUAUGCCCCACCUAGGGGCAUUAUGUUUUUUGGUCUGUGCGUCUGUUCGUCCAUCCGUCCGUUCGUCCGUCUAUCCCGCUUCAGGUUAAAGUUUUUGGUCAAGGUAGUUUCUGAUGAAGUUGAAGUCCAAUCAACUUGAAACUUAGUACACAUGUUCCCUAUGAUAUGAUCUUUCUAAUUUUAAUGCCAAAUUAGAGUUUUGACCCCAAUUUCACGGUUCACUGAACAUAGAAAAUGAUAGUGCAAGUGGGGCAUCCUUGUACUAUGGACACAUUCUUGUUAUCUCCAGAUUUAAUUUAUGCUGAUGUUUAACAUUCCUAAAUGAUUUGGAGAACAGGUCAAUUCCUAACAUAUCAUUAUACAAAUCUUUUAGACAUGUGCAACAAUUACAAAUGCACUAAAAAUUGGAGUUCUUUCCUGUGAUUAAAAAAUUUUAUAACCUCUCCGCUUCAGCUAGUACCAAUAUCUGGUGUCGCUUCCAUACGGUGAAAGCAAAUACAAAAACAAAAUAUCUUUAAAACUUACUUGUAUGACUCCCUUAACUUUGAUGAAACCAGCUAAUUUUUUUGUCAACUUAUCCUACAAAAUAUAUGUACAGUGUAUAAGAGAUUUACUACUUGUUCAAAUGAAUCUUUGUACAUAUACUGCAAUAGGACAAUUUAGAUAAGAAGUAACCAUAUUGCUAAAAGAUACAAUUUGAGAAAAACUACUGGUAUAUUGAAAAGUUCACAUGUUACUGAACAUAUUUUAAAGCUAUAUAACAAUAAUUGUCUUACUAUUUAAUUAUGUCUCCCCUUCAAAAAAGGGAGACAUUAUGUUUUAGUAGUGUUUCUUCUUCUUAUGGUUUUUCAACCUUGUCAAGGCCAUAACUUUUUUAUCUUUUGACACUGGCUUUAUAUAUUUGGCAUGAUGGUGUAUUACUAAAAGAUGGUGUGUCCAAUAUCAUCAUGACCUCAAGGUCAAAAUACUUGAUUUUUUGACACUUUCGUUUUUAUGACAUCAUCAAGUACGCACCAGAAUCUUCAGAUCUUGCUUGCAGUGGAAAUAUAUUUCCAUAACAGGAUUUAUAGCAGGAGGGUAACUUAUUAUCAUCUUUAUUAAAAAAAAGAGGCUACAUCAGUCAUCAAAGUUCUUCCUAAUACAGCUUCCACAAUGUUAGAAAAGGAAGAUUCAACUUAAAUCCCUAAUCACUCACAAUCUUCCAAUAUGUAUGAGUGUUCAUAUUUGUCAUCAAUAGCAUUCUUGGCAUGGCAAUCAGAGCUGUUGUCAGAAACUUGAGAAUCUUUGUCAUUAAAAUGUUCACCAGAAAAGGUUCACUGGCAGUACUGGUUUUAUAUGAGCUUUAAGAUGGACAUAGCAUUAUGAAUGGCUCUUUUUGAGCUGGAGAUGGACACAAAGGAUACAAAAUGUACAUAUCAAAUCAUAAUUGAGAUUGACCAACAUGAAAGUAGAUUUUGGUUUGAUUAUGUCUUAUAAACAUUAUAAAUAUGAAUGUAAUCUAAAAUAUUUAUUGUAUUAUUAGAUGGAUGAAUUUAGUUUAUCGAGUACACUUCAUAUAGCUGUAUUUUUCUUUUAAAAAAAGUCUUUUGAAGUACAUUCUCGUUCAUUUUCACAAUAUUUGAAUGUAAGGUUCAUUAUGAUUUUUUUUAUUUUGAUAUGCAUAAGAAUUAAUGAGCAUUUUAUUGAUCAAUAGGUAAAACAUUGGGGGAAAAAAACAAUAAUGACAAAUUCAAGAAAAGUCGUUGGAUGACCUAGGCAAUAUGUCAAAGAAGCUUUUGUAAUGAUGCUAGCUGAGGUGCUUAAGUGGUAAUAUUUGAUCAUUAGAAGUUUUUUUGGGUUCUUGAUUUUUUUUAAUGGUGAUUUGAACAUGAAAAUACUUUCUGUUGUUAUUAUUAUUUGUUAAGUAUUUUGUUAUUAGCAUUUUCAAUUUGUACCUCUAUGAAUGUGCUGCUGUUAUAUAAUACUGGUAUUAAAUUAUAAAAUAGUUA